CACGUGCCAUUCUCCCGCUCCUUCUCCAUUUGCCCCCCAAAUCUCAAAUUCUCAAAUCCCUAGCUUCUCUCUCUCUCCCUCAGAUUCACAGCAUUUGCAAUGUCAGAAAACUCGGAACCGCGUCAACUCGAGAAUUCUACAGCCGGAAGAGAGCUCAUUCCUCUUAGUCCCACCAAUUCAGACGGCAACGACGACCUUAACUAUCAUCUGCAUGCUUUUGAGUUAUCUCGUCUCCUACUUUCUUCUGGUCAUCCAGAAUCUGUUAUAGAUCUUUCUUCAAAGUGUACAUACUUCCAAGGUUCUCCUAAUCUCGUCAAAUAUCUUUGCUCGAUCCCUAAUUCUCCUAUUUCCCUUGCCGAAGAUGGCUUCACUGUGACUCUCUCGCCUGAGUCUCCCUCCGCUCCGGCUAGUUUCGCCUGUAGUUUGGAUUUGCAGGAAAAUGUUGUGUUAGAACAGUUUAUGGAUCCGAGAUCUCUCACGCUAAAGCAUUCGAGAGAGAAUGCGGAACAAGAGGAGCUAGAGCUCAUGCCAUUGCCCAAAAGAAGUCGAAAUGAUGGAAACGAUGUGAAUUACUCUGUAAUAGAUAGCAGACCUAACGACAUCAGAACUGUUGCCUGUGGAACUAUGCUUGGGACUAUUUUAGCUCUUGAAUCCCAAGCUUCGGUUUUCAAUUUAAGUGCAUCUAACCGAGGAAUAGAGGCUUUUGUUCAAGAUCAUCAGCCUGGUCCGCAGACAUCCAAUGCUUCAGUGGAUGUCAAUCCUACACAUCGGUUAGAGGAAAGCAAGAACGAUUUGCCAUCUCCUCAGGAGGAUGGAUAUUACGAGCGACCUGAAAUUGGAGAUUUCCAAAUUGCUGACAACCAAAUAUUAAUCGAAGAAGGUGAUGAUAAAAAUAAGAAGGAUCUCUUCCCUAAGGGAGAGAUACAAACUGAUUCUGUGCAGUCCGAUCCCGUUGCCUCAUUGAUGCCAACAGAAAAUGAGUUAGAACCAGUGCAGAUUGUGGAUGACACUGAAGAUCUACUUGUAGAUGAUCACACUGUAGACAUCGUUAGCACCCCUGACAGAGAGCUGCCGUUGAAGCCUUCUGCUACAGAAGCUAAUCAAGAUAAAUCUUUGGUACAAAAAACUCUGGAUCAAUGCAAAUUGCCGGGAAACAGCAAAACGUACAGCUGUUCCCCUGAGAUAAAACACACCAGAAAAAGUAAAGUUAUCCAGAAGAGGAAGCAGAAUUUUAACACCGUUCGUCUUAAAGAUCAGAAGGAUCAGGCAAAGCAUAACACAAUUCCAGAUUUUGAUUCUUACACUAUUGUAGAGGAAGAAGGUUCAGGUGGCUACGGGAUUGUUUAUAAGGCAACGAGGAAAACUGAUGGAACAGAGUUUGCAAUUAAAUGCCCUCAUGUUGGCGCUCAGAAGUAUUAUGUGAAUAAUGAAAUCAGAAUGCUGGAGCGUUUUGGGGGGAAAAACUGUAUAAUAAAGCAUGAAGGCUGUCUCAAGAAUGGAGAUUCUGAUUGCAUCAUCCUUGAGCACCUUGAACAUGACAGACCUGAUUCAUUGAAGAGAGAAAUAGAUGUGUAUCAGCUGCAGUGGUACGGCUACUGCAUGUUCAAAGCUCUAUCGAGUCUGCAUAAGCAGGGUGUUGUUCAUAGGGAUGUUAAGCCAGGAAACUUCCUCUUCUCUAGGAAGACCAACAAAGGCUAUCUCAUUGAUUUUAACCUUGCCAUGGAUUUGCACCAGAAGUACAGAAGAGCAGAUAAAUCAAAAGCAGCUUCAGGUCUUCCUACCGCCAGCAAGAAACAUCAUACAUUGGUUAAAUCACUCGAUGCGGUAAACCGAGGGACCAACAAACCUUCUCAGAAAACUUUAGCGCCUAAUAGUAUCAAGAAAGCAGCGGGAAAGACAAGAGCUCGGAAUGACAUGACCAGAUGGGAGAGACUCAAUAGCCAAGGGGCAGAAGGGUCUGGCUUAACUUCAGCUAAAGAUGUGACCAGCACAAGGAACAACCCUUCAGGUGAAAAGAGAAGAGAGCCUUUGCCAUGUCAUGGAAGAAAAGCGCUUUUAGAUUUUCUGCAAGAGACAAUGUCUGUUCCAAUUCCAAACCAUGAAGUAUCAUCCAAAGCUCCUACGUCUAUGAGAAAACGGGUAGCUGCUCUUCCAGGGAAAGCUGAGAAGGAACUUCUUUAUCUGACCCCAAUGCCACUGUGCUCUAACGGUCGGCCUGAAGCAGGGGACGUAAUUGAGAAGAAAGACGGUCCUUGCUCAGGAACCAAAGGCUUCCGAGCUCCAGAGGUUUGCUUCAGAUCUUUGCACCAAGGACCUAAGAUAGACGUGUGGUCUGCGGGAGUUACUUUGUUAUACCUCAUAAUGGGAAGGACACCUUUCACUGGUGACCCUGAACAGAACAUAAAGGACAUUGCACAACUACGAGGCAGUGAAGAAUUAUGGGAAGUAGCCAAGCUGCACAACCGUGAAUCCUCUUUCCCUAAGGAAUUAUACGAGUCAAGGUACUUGAAGGGGAUGGAGUUGAGAAAAUGGUGCGAACUCAACACAAAACGCAGAGAGUUUCUAGACGUAAUUCCACUAUCGCUUCUUGACCUCGUUGAUAAAUGUUUGACCGUUAACCCGAGGCGACGAAUCAGCGCAGAGGAUGCUCUCAAGCACGACUUCUUCCAUCCAGUACAUGAAACCCUUAGAAACCAAAUGCUCCUUAAACAGCAGCCUACAGUGGUUGCUGACGCAGUAAGCCAAACUCUAAACUAUUUACAAUUGUAAAAGUAAAUAAGAAAAAUAUAUUUAACAAUCUUCACUCCACUGUCCACACCACUCAACUUUGGAAAACUAAAAAGAGUAUUUUAGCAAAUUAGAUAGUUUGAGUCUUCAAAAUAUCUUUUGUAGAGGACACAAACUUGACGUUUUUGUCUAUUUGCCUCGAAAUUAUGAUAAAUUAUAAUCUUAUUUCUGUUUUUUACAAUGACUUAGUCAUAAUUCAGUGACAGUUGACAACCACAAAAUCAAUCUUUUAAAAUACCGGUGUAUAGUAAACCUCUGUAUCAUAUUAGUUUAGUUCGUCUCAAUUGUCUUGUUAGGUGGUUUGAUGUUAGUCACUUAAAAAAUUAUUUGUUUAGUAAGUCUUCUAUCAAGUGGGAGACCAAGUCUUCGAGGAAAGGAAGACCAAGUUUCUCCUCUCUUUCUCUCUUACUCUCUUACUCAUAAUAUGUAUUGCUAAUUUACUUCUCUUACGAAUCUUCGUCUCUUCUCUGAGUUC